AUGCUCUCAGGCUCUUCUUACGAUGUACUCAUUGUCGGUGCCGGUAUAGCAGGCCCAGCCCUUGCCUAUGGCCUUGCCACAAAGACAUAUAAUAAGCGCAACGCUCCUCUGCGGAUAGCUCUACUUGAGCGUUCAUUGUCGAAGCCAGACCGUAUCGUCGCCGAAAUGCUCCAGCCUGGCGGUGUUACCGCCCUCAAGACGCUUGGUCUGGAGUCAUGCCUCGGGGAACUUGGCUCUGUGUCUUUGUCUUUGUUAGGUUAUCACGUUCUGCGAGGGGAGCAGGGCAUUUGCGCUUUAUUCCCUGAAGGCCAUGUCGCGAAAGCUUUCGACCACGGAGCAUUUAUCAUGGCUUUGCGCGACCGCGCACGGCAGGCGCCAAAUAUCGACGUGAUCGAAACCACAGUAACCGGUCUCAUUGAGGACAAGGACACACAUCGCGUAAUAGGUGUUCUCGCUCCCAAAGCGGGCGGUCAGCCAGGGUCAUACUUUGCUGUCCUCAUCGUUCUUGCGGAUGGCUCGUUAUCCAAGUUCAGAACUGCAGUCCUCGGGGACAUGCCAUAUGAACCUUUGCAAAAGAGUUACCUGGCAGGUCUGAUUGUGAAAGACCUGAAGCUGCCGACGCCCAAGUAUGCCACUAUGGCUGUACUGAAAGGCGCUGGACCAGUCAUCCUUUUUGAGCUCCCAAACAACGAAUAUCGGAUGCUGGUCGAAUUGAAGCAGCAGCAGCCGCCAGACCUCAAGAAGCAUAUAAUGCGCGACAUUGUUCCUCAACUUCCAUCAUCGGUGCGCGCGCCCAUUCUCAAUGCUCUGGAAAAGUCACGUGUGCGACGAGUCCCGCAUCAUUAUCUUCCGCCCAUAAAGCAGGGAGAAUCUAGCAAGGCAGGCGCAUUUCCACUGGGUGAUUCAUUAAAUAUGCGCCACCCGCUAACUGUGGGUGGAAUGACGGUUGCCUUGAAUGACGUAGUCAUCCUCUCCGAUCUUCUGGCCCACAUCGAGAACUUUGGCAACUGGGAUGAAAUCUCGGCCGUCCUCCGGAAGUGGCACCACAUGAGAAAACCACUCGCAUCUACUAUCAAUACCAUGAGCAUGAGUUGGGCUGGCAUAUUCGCAGCCGAAGAUACGUCAAUAUUUUCUAUCAAAUCCUUGAAGGUUUAUGAUUGUCCCUGUACGUAG